AUCGAACAGUGUUUUUCUUUUAUUUUUUAUUUAUUUUUUUUUCGUUGUUACUAACUGGCAAUGACAUAUUAGAUUUAAAGUUGUCGUUGUACCAUGUUUUAAUCAAAAAUUUGCGGUUCGUUAAUAUUCGGAUGAUCGAGCCGUUUUAGACGCGGUCGGUAACUUACCGACACGUAUUAUACGUGACCCGCGUACGAUGGAUCUACUCCGUUAUCUCCUCGACGGAUAAAAAAGACGCGCAUACGUGAAGAUUUAGCGAAAAAUCGUAGCGAUAAAACGGGAGAUUAUAUUCCCGUGGUUGACUCGACAAUGCGAGGGGAAAUAAAUUAUACAGAGUGCAGGGUGUCUAUAAAACAACCCACCUCAGGCAUACCUGUGUGUACACAAUUGAAAGAAGGCGUGGAUCGCGUGAUUUGGAACGCAAUUUGAAAUUGUGUGGAAGAAAAGGCGCGCCUUCGGAUGGCGUUUUCAAUGCACCUCGUCGGACAAACGUAGCCGCGUUGCGUAAUCGCUGAGCGGUCGAAUUCACCGCAACGGUAUUACGGCGAUGCGGUGUGUAUAGGAGCGAAUUAUUUCACCAAUUGAUUUCAAUAAACCGCGUGGGCCAAAGCAGUGGCCAUUUUGUAAUUUCCCGGUGCAAUCAGCUUGCGCGGCGUCUCGCCCCGAAAUAUCUUGCGGAAUCCGUCUCUAGCCGCGGCUGAUCCACGCUCUCGAAUUCUCUUACUCGCGGAAAAAAAUUCGCGAACAAUCGUCGAAGACGCGGAUUGGACAGGCGACGCUUUCGCGGUUCGAACAUUAUACCGUGCAUGCCGAGACGGAUCCGCUCGGUACUACCGCUCGACUGUAUUAUUGAUCAAUGGGGUUGCGGGCAUGGAAGGAAGGCCAGUGCCGGCAGGCAGCUGUCAGAUCCCCCUAAAUUUCCACACGCUUAUACAGCCGUGCCGCGGGCUUGAUUAUCGGGCCUUCAGGCCAGCCCGAAAUUUUGGGCCCCGCGAGCGAAAGUCCCGCGAUUUAGCCGCGCGCGAUAUUCCUCGAUUGUUUUUACCCACGGGGUUGAAAUUUCGCUCGGUGGUCGUGACGCGGUAUGGUUAUUGUGAUUGUGCCUGUGACACACCGUGCGAAUCCUCACCCUUUUCGCGAUCAGCGGUUAAGGCGGCGAAACUCCGAGGAUAUUCACGGCUCUCGGACCUGCGGUAUCGAGCUUAGCGAUGAAUCGGUGAACAGGAGGAGACGAGGGACGUGAAAAAAGAGAGAACCGCAAGCUCAGGAACACCGAGACGCAAAAAUUGCAGGCUUUUUGAACGGACGUCGCUACGCCGGUGGCCUGAUGCAGACCCUAAGGAAGAAGAACAGCCCCUGCAAGUUCAAAAAUGAGCCAACCCGGUUCCUCGGCGAAGGCGUCUCCUUCAAGGCGAAGCUGAUCGGGAUUUUGGAAGUCUCGGAAGCACGCGGAGACCGGAUGUGCCAGGCCGCCCUGGCGGAUCUGAAAAUGGCGAUCCGGGCGGCAGGUGAGCACAAGCAAAGAAUCGCUGUUCAGGUCAGCAUCGAGGGUCUCCGACUGCGGGACGAAAAAACUGGGCGGCACCUUGCAUGGCACUCAGUUUUGCGGAGAAUUUCAAUGCCGGACUGCCUUUAUCACCAUCCUGUUCACAAGAUAUCCUUCAUCGCUCAGGAUAUGAGCGACUCGAGGGCCUUUGGUUACAUAUUCGGAUCGCCGGACACCGGGCAUCGGUUCUUUGGCAUAAAAACCGACAAGGCAGCCAGUCAGGUCGUUUUGGCGAUGCGAGAUCUAUUCCAGGUCGUCUUCGAUCUUAAGAAGAAGGAGAUCGAGCUUGCCAAGCAGCAUAUUGAACAAAAUGCUAUCAAAUUUCGGAGCGGUAUAUUCGUGGAGCCGGCGCCUGAUACGAAGGGAGCCGCCGGAAGCGAGGCGGUCGCUCACAGGAUAAGGGCGCUAAAUUCCGAGGCGGAAAAGCCGGCGGAGAGGAAGCCCGAGGUCCAGGGUGGCGUGAUAGCCGACCUCCUCGAUCUACAGUUUGAGCUGAACUCGUUGCAGCAGGGAAUCCACCAGAUGGACAAGAUCACGCCGGACAAUCCAAGGCCGCCGUACGAAGACCCAUUCGAAACAGACCCUUUCGGCGAUUCGUUCGCCAACAUGAAGCUCUCCGAAAUGUCUCAGGCGAGGGAAACCGUUCAGCCAAUUCUUCCGCCGCCACCUUCUUCAGCGAAAAGGGGACACCUUGAACGCCAGCAAACCUUACCCGCUGUUACCACCUCGACGACUUCCAGUCCGGCCACCACUUUGGCGAGUAAAACACCACCGCCUCAGGGCUCCGUUCACUGGUUCGACAAGGAAACGGAAAACCUAUUCAACGAGGGAGAGCUGUCCAGUCUUGCCAUGAAGGCUGCGGCCGGCAACCAGAAUUCAUCCGGGGAUAAGGAUCGGGAUUCUGCAUCGUUGAGCGUGACGCCAACGCUUCGAAAGAGUCCGCAGAUCGACGUGUUCACGGAGUUGGACCCGCUGGGAACGGGUUUGAUAAAGCCGUACGUGGACAAGAAGGACUUCUUUCAACACCUGAAAAACCCGCCAAAGAAGGUGCUGAAGGAUCUGGUCACGACUACCUCAGGCGACACGUUUCCGGCGAACUUCAACCUCUCCCAAGAUCCGCUGGAGCCGAUUCCCGUUCAGGGGGCGCCCUUGGGGAGUGGAAGCGAGGGAUUCGAGGACAGCAACUUCGCGGACUUCAACAGCUUCGAGACCGCCGAACAGAUCGUCGUGUCCAAGAUCGAGUCGCCGAAGGCGCGCCGUGUGGGUUCACCACGAGCUCUGCACCUUCAGCCACUGUCAGUAUCGCUUCCGCCGGAAGAGGUCCCGCCACAGAAGAGUCUCAAUAAGUCGGAAUCGAAGGAGUCGACGGAAAGUGUUCAGGCUCUGGUGAGGCUCCCCAGUCCUAAGAAGUACCUGCAGUCGGUGCGGAAACGGGAGUUCGACAUUGAUCUGGCCGGAAGUAGGGGCCAGUCCGUGGAUCGGCCGUUUCCAGUUGAUUUCACGUCCAACAACGACUCCCCGGCCUCGCCACUGCGCUCUGGUUCCUCGGACGCCAACUCCCGGCUUUCAAGCUCGAGCGCGGAGCUGGACAUAGUGCCAGAACCACCGCCUCGAGGCGCCGGAAGCAUCCUGAUAAACCCGCCGCCACUUCCACCGAAGAAGCAAGGUGGAAGGAGCACCGUAAAACCUCCGCCGAGGCCACCGCACACCGACGGUCACUUCCACUAUGACUUCAUUCAGCGGAAGGAAGCCUCGCCGUCGCCGACGAGGAAGGACCUGCGAAAAAGUCCUGGGGGUAAGGACAUCAGGAACAGAUUUGACGACGACUUUAGUCCACCACCUCCAGCUCCGCCCCAGCUACCGAAGAGGUCGGAGCUCGCAAACGCCUUCCCGACCUCCAAGUUCGAGGACUCGUUUACGACCAUGGCGCCGACCACCCUCUCGUCUCUGCUGCACAGCAGCUCGUCGACCACCACGACUAGCGUCACCGAAACUAAGAAGUCCAAACCGUCCCUCGACAUCACCCUCAGCCAGUUGACGUCCACCAAUCUUGGUGACCUUGCCAACGCUCUCGGGAUGAACGUCACAGAGCUGACCAGUCUCACUCUUCAGCAACUCACCGAGUGUCUCGCCUCACUCACGGCUAAGGAGAUCACAGCCUCCGAAGGCAAGGAGCAAAAUGAGCCCGAAGUACCGACCAAGCUACAUCCUGCUAAACAAGCUGAAAGCUCCUUCGUAGUCGGGGAACCACUUUUCACAGCCGACUUUGACCAGGGCAUAAAACAGACCGAGCAGAACGCCUACGACAAGUACGCUGUCUUUAGGGAACUCCUGGAACUCGAACAGCAGAAACAGGAUCGCGAGGCUGGUGAGGAAGAGGAGAAGAGGCAGGAUCUAGAUGAAUCGGAAGUCGAAGUGGAAGAAGCUGACAAGGUUCAGGCGGAAAAGGAGACGGAGACGUCACCCAAUCGCCUGGAAGAUGACCAAAAGAGCGUCGAGUGCCAGGCCAAGAACUCGGUCAUUUCAAAGGCUGGUUUGACCGUCGAUCUACCGCCGAUCGUUGAGCAGGCUCCAAAGGCCGAGGCUGAGGACGAUGACCUUGAUGAUACGGUGAACGGCUCUACCGAGGAGAAGGAGGAUUCGAAAGAGGAGGACGAGGAGCCGGUAGGUCAACGGGAUAAGGAGGAAAGCAGAGUGGAAGACAAUAUUGGAUCAGCGAAAGAUGGGACAAGAGUGGAAAUUGACAAGGAGGCGGAUUCGAACGGGUUCGAACAACCGGAGGAGCCGGAGAGCAAAGAGGAAGCGAAGAUUGUGAUGGCGGAAAAAACGGAGACAAAAUCAUCUAGCGACAGAUACGCGGCUUUGCGAGAAAUAAUCGAGGAGACGGUCGAGCAGACGACAAAAGAAGACAGAGAGGAUCAAGUAGAGGAGACGAUGAGCGGAAGUCCGUCAUACACGGCCAAAACGGAGCUCAAAUCUACACCACCGAGCGUCGAUCUGAUGAGUCUCUUCUCAAAGCCGUUGACGAAGUCCCUCAAGCAUCCUCCAAGCAGUCCGAAGAAGGUCACAGACAAAAAAGAAAACGAUCUGACGUUGGUCUCGAUGGAAAUUUUCGAGGAGGUGCUGAUCAGCGGCGGGACCCAGAAGCUUAGUUCAGGUCAGGCGAAGGUCGGAAGUACUUCCGGGUUCGAGGACACGUUUUCUCCCUUUCCAGCCGCUGAGAGUAAGCCUGAAAAGGACGAGGCCAAGGACGAUGCCAACUGGGCAAAGUUUGACUCGAACGUCUUCCACUCGGACAAAUCGUCCGGCGAGGGCGCCGGAUCCGUCGGUGGAACGUCGCCGUGGUCUCCCGAUGGCAAGGAGUUCCAAGGCAAGGACGAGCCACCCUUCAAACCAGCCGUUAACCGCAACUCCGGGGACAGCGACAACGAGUGGAAGGACGAGGAGGAGAGCGAGGGCAGCAACGGAAGGCCUAGGGAUGACGCUUUCUGGGGGAGCAGCGGAAAGCCACCCCCGCCUCGGCAUCAGACCGGGUUCGACGACCCGCGGGGCUACUACGAUCACGGUAGCCCUCCACCCCCGGGGCCCGUUGACAAGGAGAGGGGCUUCCGGGAGCGUCCAGUUCGCAAAGGGCGCGGUUCGUCCUGGAUAAAAGGGGCGCACAGGUCGAGGGAUGUUUCGCCGUGGCACGAGGAGCAGUGCAAUGUUGGCCGGUGGGAGGAGGAUCAUCGAGGGCUUCGUUACUCGCGCAAAAUCCCGUACAAGGAUCACCCGGGUGGGGAAGAGGAGCCGCCGUACAAGGGUCACUGGAAGUGCCGACCGAAGCAGAGCAGCAAGCCGCGUCCGUGGAGCGGGGACCGAGAGGGUUUCUGGGCGCAGGAUCACCCGUCCUAUGAGGAGGAGCGCAAGCGCAGAAUGGCGCUGUGGGCCGAAGAGGACCGGGACCGUUUCAGCAGCCAGGAGAGCAUGGGCUACGACGAGGACGAGCGGUGGGCCCGACGCUGGUCGAACGAAUACGAGCGGCGACGGUGCCGCGAGGAGGAAGCGGGCCGGUUCUGGGGCCGGCGGGGGCCCGAGGCCGAUUACACCUACACCCGAGAUCCCUACCGCCACCACGAGGCGGGACGGUGCUGCAGCCGCGAGCGACCUCGGGACUACGCGCCGUCGGGUUGGGAGGACGAAUACGGCGAAGAGAGGGGGGAGGACUCGCCGCGCUACUCGGCCGCGCGCAAGCGCGUCUGGCCCAAGAGGCCCAACAGCGCUACGGAGAGCCGAAACGCUGAGCCGGGCUUCGCCGAUCCGAGGCCGAAAUAUCCCGUCUCGCGUUCCGAGUGCAGCGACAACGAUUCGGACGCUUACAUGCACCGGCCGCGGCGUUCGCGCAGCCGCGAGAGCUACUGGGGCAGCGAUCAGGAGUUUGAAGGGUGGCCGGAGCGCUGUUGGUCCGAGGGGCCCGACGGGCCCCCGACGAAAAGCGACACGCUGCACCGACGCAGGAUAAACCGACACAAGUCUCGCGCGCAGACCAAGUCACAGGGGUCGCCGUUCGAGGACGACUUUACCCAGGAGCCGGACGAGGCCGCGAGCGAUCCGUUCGUCGCCGCGGGGCCGGAGUCUCGUCUCACCGUCGACGUCGAGCCGCAGAAGAUACCGGUCGAAACGGCCGCCCUCAGUCCCCGAGGGGUUAAGGAGCACGCGUUGAGGAGGGAACCGAGGUCCUACAAGAGGAGCGGUUACCGUCACUCGCCUUACGAGGACGAGCUCACACCCACGGCCAGCGUGUCGAGUGACACCUCCGACCGGCAGAGGCUUGGCUCGGACCUUAAAGCCACCCCCGAGGAACUGCCGAGGGACACCAAGGACCCCUUAUCCGCCGAUGGUUUCGUCUCGGAGGAUAGCGGGAGGGAUUCAUUUUUCAACGGCGAUCCGAGGUUCGACGAUGACGCUUUUAAUUUUAAGUCUGAAUUGGACGAUUGCGUGCCCGAACGCGCUACCACCUUACCGCUAAAAAGUUCGCGGCAAAUGAAGUGCUCCGCUGGCGGGAAAAUCAAAACCGACAUACAGUACAUAAAGAAAUCCGAAUCCGUUAACAUAUUCGUUCGCGAGAGCGAUCCUUUUGACGACGAUGAUUUUUUUAACUGAUCCGUACGCGUUUACGGUAUUUAAUAACGGCAGGUAUUUUUUUUUUUUUUUUUUUUUCUAUUUGGUUGCUUUUUUUUGUAUAUUUCUAAGGGGAUUGAAGAUAGUUUCGAGCAAUUUCGUGUUAUUUUUUUUUGUCUCAUCUAGGGCGAAUGAUUUUUAUGCUAUAUAUAUAUAUAUAAUGUUACGGAUAAUCGCGUACGUCCGAAUUUCUUAUUUUCAUUUCCAAUCAAUUUUCUGUUUGUUAUUUCAAUCAAAUACGCCGAGGGAAAGAGAGAUAAUCAAGCGAAUCGCUCGGUGUUCGAAAAGAGAUUGUCGAAAGUUUGAAGCGAUUAUAUUAUACAUAACGAUAAUGUGGCUUAUCGAUGCGAACGUAUUUUGCUAAUUUCGUGACUGACAUUUUUCAGUGGGUGAGAAAGAUUGCACUUGAGAAACGGUAUAAAUGUAACUGCUGGGUGCGGAAAAAAAAUUUGAUAAUAAUUCAGGUUAAUAAUGUUUGACUAACUAGCAUCUUUCGUUCGCGUAUAUAUAUAUAUAUAUAUAUAUAUAUAAAUAAAUAAAUAAAUACGUCUUAUAUCUACAAUGCACAUGUUGCAUACCAUACGUAUAUUGUUUCCUAUAGAAUUUCUAGUCGACGAUUGUGAUAAUCGUUCAAGUUUUGUUUUACGCUUUUUGUCAUUUUCUCGAUUUUAUUACAGCUUCAGGUUUGUAAAUAAUGAUGUAUUGCCUGUUUCGUUACGUUUAUAACUAUUAUAAUGGUAAUAAUAAUAAAAACGUAGAAACAGUAAUAAAAUUAAUAACAACAACAACCACAAUAAUAAUAAUAAUGAUAAUAAUAAAUCAAACGAUUGCCUAUAUUCUCGUAACUUGUAAUUUUUCGCAACUUGAUUUAAUGAAUUACUUUGAAACAAUUCCGUGUCAGUUCGUGGCUCAAGUUUCCAUUCGCCGUACUCUGUAUGAAAAUCAAGUCAUUCCAUAAUUAUAUUUUUUUUCUGCUCCUAAAGCUGAAUACACAGUCGAUUCGGUAGCAUGAACAAUCGGUUGACGGAAAUUUUCAAGUGAAGGAUAAUAAUAUUGAAUACAUACGUUGCGUGUUAUAUUUUUAGGUCAAUACUCAUGUUGCGUAAAGUUUUUACACCACGCAGUCUGGACCACUGUAAAUCUGUAGAUUACAUGGUAGAAGAAGGAUAAUAAAAUAACAACAACAACAACAACAAUGGUAAUGAUAAUAAUAAUAAUAACAACAACAAUAAUAAUAGUUAUAAUAUAUUAAUAGUAAUAAAAAUAAUGACGACGAUGAUAAGACGAAGAGAAGAGAAGCAGAAAAAAAACUUCUGAAUGCAUCUAAUCAUACACAUCAUUAACUUACGCGCGUGUCGUGUAUAAACAAAUAGAUGGGAAAAUUUUUGAAAAAACUUACCCGUUCACGAUUGUAAAGAAAGUAAACAAAAAAUAUCGACUCGUGACGCAGUUUUCAUUUCUCUAAAAUUUCCUUGCGGCCGGUAGUCGUGUGUUGCAAACGAUGCAAGAGAAAAAAACAAAAAACCUUAAAAAAACGAAAAAAAAAACAACAAAAAAAACAACAAAAAAAAAAAAACAAAACCAUAA